UACUUUCUGUGACAUCUGAUGCAUGAAGCUGCACUUGAAGUGUGAUAGCAAACAAUCCUCAAAUUUUUCCAAUUGAAAGCUUUCGUUAAGGAGAGUCUGAAUAUUUAGACUGGAGGAGCGGUUGGGAUUUUCGACAUUUUUACCUUUUUGAAAGACCUCCACCUGCCGCCACCAUGUGUACGGGAGCCUGCUCAAAGUUUAUCGCCAUCCCGCUCUACAUCCUGGCUCUAGUGUCCAUGAUCUGCAACAUCAUACUCUUUUUCCCUGACUUUGACACAAAGUAUGCAGCCGCAGAGGGCCAAAUCACAGAGGAGGUCAAAUACAUGGGGGGCUUUAUAGGAGGAGGACUCAUGAUCCUCGUUCCUGCCAUCCACAUUCACCUGACCAGUGCUAAGAACUGCUGUGCCAACCGCUGUGGGAUGUUCCUGUCCAUUGGUUUCGCAGCAGCUGGGGUGCUGGGUGCCGUGUACAGUCUGAGUACUGCUGCCCUGGGCCUCUCUAACGGGCCAACGUGCUUCUGGAAGCCCACGCAACAAUGGGGAACACCCUUUGCUAACAGUUCCGGGAACUACCUGUUUGAAAAAGACCAAUGGGCUUGGUGUGAAGAGCCGAAGAACGUGGUUGAAUUCAACGUGGGCCUGUUCUCCACUCUGCUGGCGGCAGCGUGCUUGGAGCUCGCCUUGUGUGCCAUCCAGAUGGUCAACGGACUCUUUGGCUGUAUCUGUGGCACCUGUGGCAAAGAGCAAUAAGAUGAGCUACAGCACACCAUGACUUCUUGAAGAAGAAACGACAGGGAUCAUCAUCACCAUCGCCAUCCACUCUGUCAUCAACACCACCAUCAUCAUCACCACCACUUUCCUGAUCUGCUGCGCCGACGGGCGAUGAGAUAGAGGCGGACAGUCGGAAGGAUUCAAGAGGAAUGACUGGGACUAUAGCCAUAAUCGAUUGCAUUGUUUUCAGAUGACACUGAUGGAAUGUGUGUGUAGAUGGGGAAAAAACAGAUGUAUGCUGUAUUCGUAUCUGUAAAUUUGUACGUUUUUUAAAAUAUUUUGUAACAAAGCUCCGAACAUAGGCUUGCAGAGAACACAGAAACGUGAUUUAACAGAGGCUAAAACCUGGACUGUCUGAGAGGCAGAAAUACACACCCACAUCAAAAGAUUGUCAUAAUAAGUUGUCAUCUAUUGUCUCAGAACAAACUUGGUUUUCUGUAUAGUGAGGCCUGAAUUUCUCCUAGUGCAACGUGUAAAGAGAUAAUGUGGCCCUACAGCUGAAAAGAUUUUGUUUUUUGAAAUUCUUCAAAUCCCUUGUAAAAACAUACCUUUACUUAUGUGGACAACUUGUUUUGGUGCUUGAAAUGAGUUUAUCAAAGUCAUAGGUUACACAAAAGUAAUGUAAUACAUGAAUCAAAUAGUAGAUACAUGUAUACUAACAGUAUAGCAAACAAAUAUCCAGUGGAAUGUGAAUAAGUAUUUACCUAAAUACAGUACAAUGUUGAGGUCCUUGCAUUGACAACUGCAAUGGUUACUGAGAUUACAGAUUAAGCUACCUAACAGUAAACAAGGUCAAAAAUGAGCUCUGUCUCCACCAGCUACAUGUAUAUGAUUUGAUUCUGUCAUUGUGCUUCAGCCAAAUAUAAUCACAACUGGAAGAAAAAAUAAAUAAAACAUAUUGAAGCGAA